GGCGGUGGCAUCGCGGGUGUCACCUGUGCAGAGCAGUUGGCGAUUCACUUUCCAUCAGAAGAUAUUCUCCUGGUAACAGCUUCUCCUGUUAUUAAAGCGGUUACAAAUUUCAAGCAGGUGGAGAAGAGUUCAGCAUAUUUACCUGUUGAGUUUAAGAAACCAGUGAGGAAGGCUGAAGAUGAAGGAAAACAAGGACUACAUAAUAAGGAAAGAGUCCUGAGGAGGUUUCCAAAGUAUUGGAAGAAUUUGAUGUUGAAGAACAGCCAAAUACCAUGUUAGAAAAUCGCUUUCCCAACAUUAAGGUUAUAGAAUCUGGAGUAAAGCAACUGAAAAGUGAAGAACACUGCAUUUUAACAGAAGAUGGCAAUCAGCAUGUAUAUAAGAAACUCUGUCUGUGUGCUGGAGCUAAACCAAAGUUGAUAUGUGAAGGAAAUCCUUAUGUAUUAGGAAUCCGUGACACAGACAGUGCUCAGGAAUUUCAGAAACAGCUUACUAAGGCUAAAAGAAUAAUGAUCAUAGGCAAUGGUGGGAUCGCACUUGAAUUAGUGUAUGAAAUUGAAGGCUGUGAAGUCAUUUGGGUCAUUAAAGACAAAGCUAUUGGGAAUACGUUCUUCGAUGCAGGAGCAGCUGAAUUCUUGACUUCAAAGCUCAUCGCUGAAAAACCAGAGGGUAAAAUUGCACAUAGAAGAACCAGAUAUACAACUGAAGGAAGGAAAAAGGAAGCACGAACCAAAGGUGAUGCUGCUAAUGUAGGCAGUGCCCUGGGACCUGACUGGCAUGAAGGCUUGAAUCUUAAAGGAACAAAAGAGUUUUCUCAUAAGAUUCACAUUGAAACUAUGUGUGAAGUAAAGAAAAUCUACCUUCAGGAAGAAUUUAGAAUUUCCAGGAAAAAGUCCUUGACUUUUCCAAGAGACCCUAAUAAUCAGUCAGUUUCAACUGAUAAAGAGAUAUGGCCUGUAUAUGUGGAAUUGACCAAUGAAAAGAUAUAUGGCUGCGAUUUCAUUGUCAGUGCUACAGGAGUUACACCAAAUAUAGAACCUUUCCUCUGUGGCAACAAUUUUGAUCUAGGAGAAGAUGGUGGCCUGAAAGUGAAUAAUCAUAUGCACACGUCCCUUCCUGACAUCUAUGCUGCAGGUGACAUCUGCACUGCCUCCUGGGAACCCAGCCCAGUGUGGCAGCAGAUGAGGCUGUGGACGCAGGCUAGACAGAUGGGAUGGUAUGCAGCCAAGUGCAUGGCUGCAGCUACUUUAGGAGACUCCAUUGACAUGGAUUUCAGCUUCGAACUGUUUGCUCAUGUAACAAAAUUUUUUAACUAUAAGGUUGUAUUGCUGGGAAAAUACAAUGCACAGGGCUUAGGUUCAGAUCAUGAAUUAAUGCUGAGAUGUACCAAAGGACAAGAAUACGUCAAAGUCGUCAUGCAAAAUGGGCGAAUGAUGGGAGCUGUCUUAAUUGGUGAAACUGAUUUAGAAGAAACAUUUGAAAACUUGAUUUUAAACCAGAUGAAUCUUUCAGCAUAUGGAGAAGACCUACUGGAUCCAGAUAUUGACAUAGAAGAUUAUUUUGACUAAAAAGGUCAUUUCAAGAACCACAUAAAGUUCCAAAUAAGACAAAAAAGUCACACAUCAAUAAAGUAAAUGAUUGCACUGAUUUAAUGAUGACCACAUUGAAGUUAAAAGUACAGAAGUGAUAAUGAUUUCAGUGGAAAAAUAUUAAAAAAUAAAUUCUAAAGAUAAAAUCAA